AUGUUCAGAUCUCAAUGGGUGUGCCGGCGAUGCGCAAAUGCCCUGGCACAGCCUCUGCGGCCCCAAUUCCUCCGACAAGUUAGCACCGACGCCCAUUCCGCCCUCCCACCCGUUCUCCUCCAACGCGCCCGCAGCAUAGCAGAGGAGCACAGCGCCCUCUCCGCCUCGUUAGCCACCUCCUUCGACCCCAAAGCCGCCAAACGCCUAGGCGAGCUCUCCCGCGUCGCAACCGCCCUCCACGCCUUCGAAUCUGCGCAAUCCUCCCUCACCGAACUUAAAUCCCUCCUCUCCUCCCCCGAUGCCGAGCUCCGCCAACUCGCCUCGGACGAGCUGGCCUCCACCCAGGACCAACUCACGUCCCUCUCGACCGCGCUCUCCGCCUCCCUAACUCCCCGCGACCCCUUCGCCCACAUGCCCUGCCUCGUCGAAGUGCGGCCUGGCCCCGGAGGACUGGAGGGUCGCUACUUCGCGGAUACGAUAUACAAGAUGUAUAGACAGUACUGUGCGCGCGUGGGGCUGCGCUCUAAUACCGUAAAGUACGAGACCGUAGACGCGGGCGAUUCCGGCGGCGCGGCCAACGAGUCGCCCUUAGCGGAAGCGGUUUUCGAAGUCACCGAGCCAGGGGCGUACGACCUGUUCCGCAGCGAGGCGGGCAUGCACCGCGUUCAACGCAUCCCGUCUACGGAGAGAAGUGGACGUACACACACCAGCGCCGUGGCAGUAUGGGUGCUCCCUUCAUUUCCCGAGAACGCGACGGCGGAGCAGGAGGCCGAUUUCAAUGAUCCUACUUCGGACUUCUACAUCGACCCCAAGGAAGUGCGGUCGGAGAAGAUGCGCGCUGGUGGUGCGGGAGGACAACACGUGAACAAGACUGAGUCGGCGAUCCGCCUCACGCAUAUACCGACCGGGACUGUCGUUUCAAUGCAGGACUCGCGGUCUCAGCACCGCAAUCGGGAGGACGCGUGGAAGCUUCUCAGGUCGCGCGUGGCGAUGCAGCGGCGCGAGGAAAAAGAAGAGCAGGCUUGGGCGUUGAGGAAUAGUGUGCUCAGUCGGGAGAGGAUCACGAGGGGGGAUAAGAUACGCACGUAUAAUUAUCAGCAGGAUCGGUGUACAGACCAUCGGAGCGGGUGCGAUGUGCAUAAUCUGCCAAAUGUGCUUGAGGGGGGGGAGACGCUCGAUCGGUUGAUGCAGAGUGCGAAAGAGUGGUUGGUUGGAAGGGAUGUGAAGGCGCUCAUUGAGGAGGAGGAGGUGGCUGCUGCGGAGAGGGAGAGGGAGUUCGUGUGGAAUAGACCAUGA